UGAAUUUAUCUGUCAACAUAGUUGUUUUUAAAAUCAAAUGUGUUGCAUACAAAUGUUAUAAAACCAAAACGUUAAAACGAUAUAAAUUUCAUUUGUGGAAAUUGUGUAUUCAACCAUCAACAUGGAAAUCGAAGAUCGGAAUUUGGUUGGUGUGGAGUACCCAGGACGCGUUGAAAAUGCCGACAAUAUGGUCAAAACGUUAGGUGGUCUCACAAACAUCUCAAAAGUUAUAUGUAAUAUGGACAAAAAGCGAUUGGAUUUGACAUUUCGUCCAGAUGAUGUGUUUGCAAAACCAAUUUAUGGUGACUUGAAACCAGCCUCUGGACUCUUACUAAAGGUAGUUUAUCGUCGUCGAAGACGUGACAUUCCUGGUCCGAGCACCGAAGAAGAAGAAACCAAUGACGAACCAAAGAUCGAUGUUAUCGGUGUCAUUCGAUCGAUGUUCAAAUUCGAUGGUUUAUGCGAUUAUCAAUAUUUACCGAUUGGAACGAAUCUGGCAACGCACAAAGCUGAAUUUAUUUAUGAUGAUAUUAUGCCCAAUGGACUUCUAUCACCAGAUUGGCUAACUGAUGAUGCGAACAAUGACAUUCCAUAUUUUUUCCCACCGCCAUCUUUCACUCGUGUUGAUACACCACAGGAUAGUUUCUUCAAAAAGGAUCGUUCAAAAGGGUUGAAUAAAGACCAAUCAUCGCCAUUUGAAUCGGCUGAAUCGACAAUUAUUGGAAUGUCACGAACGCGUCGUUUUAAGCACGCAUGUUAUAUACCAUUUAGUCUGACGAAUCCAAUACCGGAAAAAGCACAAUUCCAAGCAUUGAAAAUGCUGAAAUUCAAAUUCAUCACCAACGAACAAUUUAAUAUGAUAAAAGAGUAUUUGGAUCGUCAACCGAUUUGGUUGCGUAGCUCCUUGGCUUAUGAAACGAAAAUUCCACGACAAAAACUGAAAAUCAUUCUGCCAUCAUUGGCGUAUUAUUUUACAACGGGACCUUGGCGAUUGAUGUGGGUACGCUUUGGAUACGAUCCACGCAAAGAUUUCACCAGCCGAUACUAUCAAACUCUGGACUAUCGAAUCCGAUCAAAUACACUCAAAGAAAAGAUUGCACGCAGCCGAAAAACCAAAACAGAACCAGAGAACAUAUACCCGUACUUUGAAGUCGAUCGUCUACCUGAAACAAGACAAUCAUUUUAUCGAUACUGUGAUGUACAUGUGCCGAAGAUACAAGAAAUGUUGGACAAAAUACCGACACCACUAUCAGGUGCGAUAUGCAAUGAGAAAACUGGCUGGUUACCACCGAAUUUUGACGAUAACUGCCGUGAAAUUCUCACCGAAACCAUUAACGAACUAUUGGAAAUGCAGCCGGCUGAUUUUGAUCCAAAUCAAUUGGCGUCAACGUCUCGGGCGGCUUUAGCACAAAGUGCUGAACAAGCAGAAAAUGAAUGGGAAUAUGGGGACGACGAAGAAGGUUAUGAUGACGAGGAGCGAGAUCAAACAUAUUUGGAUUAUGAAGAUGAAGAAUAAUCGAUGCAUAUAAAUUACGACAUAUUGAUACAAAAAUAUACUUCAAAAAAUUGCUUUAUAUUAACGACAUAACAAUGCCUGUUUUUAUUCAUUUCUGUUUGAUUUUGG